AUGGUAGGAUACUACGAUUUGCUCGGUGUUAGCCUAACUGCUACAGAAGUUGAGAUCAAGAAAGGUUACUACAUCAAGGUGUUGGGAGAGGCAUAUCAAGUGCUAAUUAAUUCAGAUAAACGCCAUGCUUAUGAUGCAUGUGGCAAGUCAGGGGUCUCCACUGAUGCAAUCAUCACCGAUCCUGCGGUGAUAUUUGCAAUGCUUUUUGGUAGCCAAAUUUUCGAAGAAUACAUAGGACAGCUUACUAUGGCAUCAGUGGCUAUACUUGAUAUCUUCACUGAAGUGGAUAUGUCUGAUAUCAGAAAGAGAUACAAAAUAUGGAAGGGUGUCCAGAAAGAAAGACAAGACAAGCUUGCUCAGAUUCUCAAAGACCGGCUUAACGUAUAUUUGGUAAACAAAGACCAAUUUGUUAGUAACACUGAAGCUGAAAUGCUAAGACUCUCAAACGCCGGUCAUGGUGUGGAUAUGUUGAACAAAAUUGGGUAUAUAUAUGAGAGACAAGCAGCAAAAGAGCUUGGUAAAAAAGCUGUUUACCUAGGCGUACCAUUUGUUUCUGAAUGGUUUAGGGACAAACGUCACUACUUCAAUUCCCAGCUUACUAUGGUAUCAGGCGCGCUCGAUUUGCAUAAGCUGGAAGAGGAAAUGAUAAGGAAGAAGCUAAGUGGUCAAGGAAAGUAUAACGAGGAGGAACUUGAGUCCCAUAGAAGAGUUAUGAUUAAUUCUCUGUGGAAAAUGAAUGUUGCUGAUAUGGAAGAAACUCUUUCCACUGUUUGUCACCUGGUUCUUCAAGAUCCCCAAGCCAAAGGAGAGGAACUUGGUGCUAGAGCAAAAGGGUUACAAACUCUUGGGAUGAUCUUUCAGAGAGCCAAAACAGUUAGUGAGAGUGAUCCUUUAUCAAGAAGUGAACCUCAGAAAGAAAACCAAAAUGAAAGGAACUACUAUGAUGAUUAUGCUUCUAAUAAAGCAUCUCAAUCUACCUCUGGUUCUGAGGAACUGAGAGGCCUACUUGAAGAAACAAACUUGGACUGGCUCUAA